AUGGAGCUGCAAGCAGCUAAUGAACUAUUGGCGCUGCUGAAGCCUAAGCUGGAGAGAAGAGAGAAAGAAAGAAAAGUAAGUUCAGAGUCGCAGGAGCAAAACCUGAGAGGUGAGCUGCCUGGGCCUGCGGGCCUGGUGUCACCGAGAAGGGCCUGCCCGCCUCCGCAGGCUCCACCUUGCCAGAAACCCCGAUCUCCGGGGUGGAGAAAGGGCCGGGCCGCUGACAUUAUAACGUCCGCAGGUCCCGGGAUUGGGACACGCCACCACCUGAGUGCAGGCGGCGCGGUGGGCGUGCAGCCCGCCGCCCGCAAUGGCCUCCGGACGCCACGCUGGGGAGCGUCCAGGCGGCCGGGUGGGGCCCCGCGCCCCGUCAGUUACCCGGCAUGUGCGCCGCGGGUGGGGCCGCUGUUGGCCGACGUCCCGGCCGGCCGGGUGUUCGUCCCGCCAGCCGGGGCCGCUCGCACCGCCUCUGCCUUCCGCUGCCCCCGACGGCUCCGGCGGCCGGCUGGAGGGCGCACGGGCGGCCUGAGCAGUAAUAUUGUUGCUUCAGGAAAAUUCAUUAUUUUACACCUUCACACAUGUUGUCCAGGAAUAUCUCCCCAAGGCUUGGUUAUUUGCAGAAUAGGAAGACUCAGGCAGGCUUGCUUUGUGUCGUAUCAGCCCAUUCCUAGUCACGCUGACCGGAACAAAAGGGGAUAUCUGAUCCAGCCCGUCCGACUGAGCUCCUUCUUCUACUCCAAAUCCCUUCUGAGUUGGGGCUAAAAGUCUGGGUCUGUUGGCACUAUACCCAUAGGUCAUACAGACUGGGAAGACUGAGGCUGCUAUUUCUGAGUGGUCUUGAUGGGCAACAUGCAAACUUCAGAGGCUGGUCUGUAGACACCGGAAGAGAAGCAGAGAGGAGAGACUUGGUUUCUCCAGUGAAAGCGCAGGAGACAGCAAGCACGCAUGGUUCUUGCCCCCAUUUUCCUGUUCUUCUCACCCAGGAGAUUGCCUUUUGCAUCUUACCCUUUUUUGGAGCUAGUAUGGUUUUCUUGUCCUUACAACUAAAAGACCCUUGACUAAGAUACACAACAUUAUCUAUAAUGUUGAAUAGCUUAACUCAACUUUGGACAAUUUCACUUUGGAAUACCUGGACCACAGGUUUACCUAGAACCAUGAAGCUCUAGAAAGAAGAGUCCAUUUAUUUAUGGUUUUGUUUUAUAUAAUGAAAGGAUUAUAAAUAUCUUUCCUAUCAACUAAAGGUCACCUCCUCAAAAUACAAAAAUAAAUUCUCACUGAAUUAAAUUUUAAUUUUUUGUAUAGGUGUGAAAAUUCUAAAGUGACAAUUCUAAAUUGUCAACUUUUAAAAAUGAUUCUUCCCUCUAGCUUUUUUUUUUCAAUAAGUUCAUUCAAUAAGGCACUAGCUCUCAAAUUUUCAAGAUUCAUAGUGUUCAACUACCAAAUACAGGUGUUUGAUGUGUGUGUGUGUGUGUGUAUGUGUGUGUGUGUGUGUAUAUAUAUAUAUGCACAUAUAGUAUAUAUAUGUUGUCUUUAGACAUAUAGAUCUAUAAAUAUAUUCAGACUUCUGUGCUAAGUCUCCAACUUUAUUCCAUAGUUCAAACAAAUUUGACAUAAUUUCAUCCUUAGGAAGAGUUGACAAGAGAAGUACAAAUAAGUUUUUCCUGAAUCACUUGAGGCUAAGUGGGCUAUACAAUGUCCUAGCUGCAGAUCCUUUAGUGUGUGACUGCUACAAUAAGGAUAUUCCCCUACAUACCCACAAUUCAAUUAAUAAAAUCAGGAAAUAUAACACUGCUGCAUUUUUACCACCUGAUCUACAGACUCCAAUUGAAGUUCUUUAGUUUUCCCAAAUAUGUCCUUCCAACAAAAGGGUCCUGACUCCCACUGUCCUCAUAAUACAUCCUGAUGGUAUUAAGCCCCUUUAUGUAACCAAUCUCUUGUCUCCAUCUUGACCUCUUUGCAGAUGCCCCAGAUAAUAGCUCUGGCUCUAAUAAUCUGAGUGGGGUCACCAUCCAACUCCUAGAUGGAUGCUGUCUUUGUCCCCCUUGGGGACUCAACACACCAUGCUAAGCCACCACUACCACCACCCUCCUGGCAUGGACACCUCCUCACCCCUUUCAGGCCAUGCUGAGCUGCACCCUGACUCCCCUGCUUAUAGGACCCACCUAAAGCUUUUGUUCUGAUUUACUCAGGGAACAGAAAGCAUGAGGGAAACUUCACAGUUUUGAAAUUCAGGUGUAAUUGCCUCACUUGAUGCUAAAAAGUGGGUUAUUAAUAAAUAAAUCACAAUUUCUCGUUGACCUACAUUACUCAUUUGGGAUUUGGUCUAAAAUUGGGCAUAUGAGUAAUAAGAAAUUUAAAGCCAUAAAAUAUUCUGUCAAGAAUGAUGUUUAAAUAAAUCACAGAAAGUACAAUCUGUA